CUAUUUUAACAGACAACUACUUCAAUCUUAGACUAAAAUAUUUCAAAUAUGGCACAAAUUAAUUAUGACGAAAAAGGAACUACUUUCCUAUAUUUUAUUGUGUCCUUUUUUGCAAUGGUUUUAAUACCUGCCACGUACUACCUGUGGCCAAAAGGUUUCAAAGAGGAAGAAAAACGAUUGCAAAAACUUAGAAGUAUUCAUGCUAAAAGCAAAUGGUAUAAAAAAUGUCUUGAAGAAUUGCAAAAGAAGCGGAAAAAGCCAAGUUUCCGUAAAAUAUUUAUAGUUUUAGCUUGGAUUGGAUUUUUCAUUCUCGCUUACAAAGUAUCGAUGAUUGAGCGUGAUUUUGUGGAAUACGAUCCUUAUGAAGUUUUGGGAAUUAGAGAGGGAGCGGACAAUGUUGUGAUCAAAAAAGCUUACAGGAAACUGUCAAAAGAAUUUCAUCCUGAUAAAGGUGGAGAUCCAGCAGUAUUUAUGAGAAUUCGAAAAGCUUAUGAAGCUUUGACAGACGAAGCUACAAGAAAAAAUUGGGAAGAAUAUGGUAACCCUGAUGGUCCUCAAGCAAUGGAGUUUGGUAUUGCUUUGCCAAGUUGGAUUGUCGAUUCCGAAAAUUCAGUUGUUGUUCUUGGACUUUACGUUUUAGCUUUUAUGAUAAUUCUUCCAAUAAUAGUUGGAAUAUGGUGGAAUCGAUCCAUAAAAUACAGCAAGGAAAAAGUUUUGCUCAGCACCACACAAUUGUAUUAUUAUUUCUUUAAUCGUACACCGAAUAUGAAUUUAAAACGGGCUCUCACAAUUUUGUCUGCCUCAUUUGAAUUCUCCCGUGAUCAUAAUCCUGAAGUUCGUGCACCUACGCCCGCUGAUAACAUUGAUAUACCAGACUUGAUACGAAUACUAGGAACGCCCUUUGACCCUAAAGGACGUGAAGCACCCCUGCAUUUACCUUACAGUGUAAAAGCAAGAACACUGAUUUAUUGCCAUUUAGCUGGCCAUGAAGCGCCUGAUAAUCUAUUAGAAGAUUUGGAUUAUAUUUUGAGAAAAUGUCCGCUAUUAGUCCAAGAAAUGGUUAACUGUUUGACUCAGCUGACCGCGCUUGCUCAUGCCGACAGGGCUAGCUUACCAAGACUUGAAACUGUUGAGACUGUCAUGAAACUGUCACCCACAAUGGUUCAAGGCCUUAAAGAAACUAAAUCUCCUUUAUUGCAACUCCCUUACUUCAGUGAUGAUUAUGUCAAGUUCUGUUUGACGAAAAAAAUUUCGGUUCGAAAUCUUAAAACUCUCUCAAAAAUAAACGAUCACGACCGCAGACAAAUGUUGCGACGUAUGGGAGAUGAGGAAUAUGACACGAUGGUCGCAUGUUUAAAGAGUUUACCAAUGCUUGAAGUUGACGUCCAUAUUCAAGUGUUAGAUGACGAGGAAGCCCAUAUCAUUACAGCAGGUGCGAUUGUUACCGUCACAGUAUCUUUGAUUAGGAAAAAACUUGGCGAUUUAGAAGAAGAUCCACCGAGGCUUGCUGGCGUUAAUUCUUCUGCAGAUAAACAGGGGGAUGGUGACGAAAUGGAGCAAAACAACGUUGUUACAAAAACCAAAGUAUGGGAAAAGCAAAGUAAAAAGAAAAAAGGGGCGAAAAAGAAACCAAAAAAAGCCGCACAAAAGAAACCAACCCAGCAACAACCUCAACAUUCUGAUACGACUGAAAAAAGUGGGGAGGAAGCAUCAGGUGAUAAAGCAGACAUGGAAAAGGUUGAUGACACUAAAGGUGAUAUGACGGAAUCGGAACUUUCCGAUACAGAAACGUCUGCGGAUUCUUACGACGAUGAGGACGAAUGGGAAGCAAUGCAACAAACUUUUAAAAAGAAGCGAAAGAAAAUGGCCGACACUGGAGAUAAGAUGACUCACACCGUUUACGCUCCUAAUUUUCCGCUUGAAAAACAAGAGUGGUGGUGGGUCUACAUAUGCAGUCGUAAGAGACAUUUACUUUUAACUGUACCAGUGCAGGUAUGCAAUCUAGCAGAUUCACAAGAAGUUGAAUUAAAGUUUCCUGCACCGCAAAGUCCGGGACGUUACUCGUACGAUGUUUGGGUUCGUUCCGAUUCAUAUUUAGAUUGCGACGUUAAAAAGGAAUUGAAAUUUAAUGUGGAAGAAGCAAAAGAAAUUGACGAGGAUCAUCCUCAAUGGAAAAUUGAGGAUUCUGAAGAAGAGGAUGAAUCUGCUGUCGUAGAGGAAAGUGAAGAUGAAGGAAUCUCAACAGAUGAAACUUCGGAUGAAGAAUAAGAGGUCAGAGGUCAAAUGAAUGGUUUCCAAACAGGAUAGUUUUGUUGAAGAGUGCCGCUAUUGUAUUUUGUAUUGUAUUUCCGGUGUUUUACUCGAAAGUUUAUAUAAAAUUGUUCAUACCAUAUCUAUUUCUUGAUGUUGAGAUAUGUGAAAACAGCAUAUGAUGUUAGGAUUAUUAUUAUGAGCAUUAAAACUCGCAGGCUGCCCCCCAAAAAAGGGGCUCCCGAAAUAUGCGAACCAAGAUGGCGGACAUCGGAAUGUAAUAUGUGUACUAGGUUAGGGUUAGGCCAUAAUAUUAGGUAUAAAUACCACGGGAGGCUCUUGGCUAGUCUUCGAACUGAUAAUAGGACUAAAAUAAGGAAAAUUGGAAAUAAAUUAUCGCCUAACCCUAACCUGUUACCCAUGUUACGUUCCGGUUGGUUGGUUAUCUUGGUUCGCAUACUUCGGGAGCACAACAAGAAUCAUUUAGAACAUGAAAAUGCUAUCAUACAAUGAAACAUUAUUCUGCGAUUUUGCAAACAAUUUUUGUGCAAUGCCGCCUGGUUCACUAAAAUUUUUGGUUACAAUCAUAAACAGAAGUCUUUGUGGUAAAUAUUCUUUAUUUUCAUGAAAGUAAUUAGAAAAUUUAUAUGUUUGUUUUUAUUUGGGUCACCCAGUAUGUACCAAUAAACACCAUGUAGGUGAGGAUAAGCCUUUUGCAUGUCAAUAGUCCAAUUCGUUUGACAGUUCUCACUCUUCAGUGAAGAUGUCUCACAGUCUAUAUCCGAAAGCAGUUUUUCAAUUUCCUAUCCAAUUUUUCAAUUUUUUUUUCAUUCCUCUGUGCCCCAAGCAAGUUUUUAAAAUCGCAGAAACAUGCAUUGAAAAAGUACUUGCUGGAUUAUUGUGGCCGGUAGCUGUUUUGCAUAUUAAACCUUAAAUUCAAAAUAUACGUUAGUUUGAAAUGUUGCAUUAUUUUUUUGUCUGUAUUUUUGACUUACAAUUAAAUAUUUAUCAAUCAUAUUAGCUGUGUCUAAGAAGUUUAUUGAGCCAAGUUUAAAUAAAAACAUUUUCCAAAACGUUUUACUAAGCAUAAAAAAAAUCUGUGUAAUAAAUUUUUGUUCAUUUUCCACCUUGCAAUUAAAAGUAAUAUUAUAUAAAUAGAACAUAUGCUGCAUUACUGUUACGCAAAUUCAUUAUAUUAAAGUUUUGUAAAACUAUAACUCUGCAAUAAAAAAUGUCUGAACCCCGCCUUUUUAAAAAAAUUACAUGCUGCGCCGUUGUUUUACAUCCCAGACUUUUUUCUACCUAUUUUUGUUUGAAUAUAUUUAUGUAUUCCAGUAAGAGGUAUUCGAGAGUUCCUUGGUUUUCUUUGCUGCCUUGUUUUCACUACAAGAAUAAUAUUUUGUAAUAACUUUUUGAUGAAAAUAUUGGCCUUAUCAUUUGUGUGAUGUUGGUUUCUAUCUGAAUUCCAAAAACAUUUUAUUUUAGAUUUUUGUUUUUUGUUCAUAUUUUAUAGGGGACUGAAAUGGAAGAUGAGUUUUCAUACCACGAGUCUUCUGUAUUAUAAACAGGCACGACCAUGAUAACGGUUUAGCUUAGUAUUAAUUUUGAUAUGUAUAUUUCUUUGCAUACAUACCGUAAUUAUAUUUCAAACCAAAAUAACAAUCAUUUAAGUAAAAUUAUUUCCUAAAUUACUAACAUUUUUUAAUAUGAUAUUCUGUUGUUUUGAGAACUUUCUAAUGAACAUAUGUUAAUAUUAGCCUUAUCAUUUGCGAAUAAUCCUGGUCUAUUUUCAUAUGAGAAAAUUUUUGUUUUUUUUAUGUAUAUGAUUUGAUUUCUACUUGUUAGUUUAAAGGACAAACUAGAGAAUGGGGCUUGUGUCAUAAUUAGUGCCCUUCAUUGUGAAAUUAUUAAGAGGAAAGAGCAUUGUAAAGCUAUGAAUAUUAGUAAUAUUUUUGAUAGGAACCAUUCGGACCUCCUGAAGUAUGCGCACCAAGAUGGCGCACAACCUGAACUCAGGUUGUGUACCAGGUUAGGGUUCAGGUUAUGCGACAUCUUGGUGUGCAUACUUCAGGAGUACCAACCUUUCUUUGUGAACACACCUACCGAUAACUAUAUUAUAAACAAGAAUAAAUUAUUUCCUAAAUUCCUGAACUGAAGGUAUAUUAUGAAGUUUGCUGCUUAAAAUAGUCUUUAAUUUACCGUAUGUAUCUCAGAAAAGAUGUUUGAUUUAUGUGUAUUCAUUUUUUUUGGUGCAAAUAUUAUUUAAUUUUAUAACAACAUUUAUCGGUGAUUUUCUAGGAAUAUUAUAUAAUGUUAUUGUUGAAAAAACAUGAAUAAAUGAUAAUCUCUUGAUGGAAGGGAAAUUUGACAGGGAAUUUCAAACUUCAAACAAAUUGUUAUUAUUAUUUUUUUAAAUUAGUGUCAUGGCUGUUACCAGUAUAUUUGUGACAAACUAUUUUAGUGCUUUUCCUUAUUUUGCAUUCAGGAUAGGGUUUUUGGAUAUCAUGCUAUUGCUGAAGUGCAAUAAUGUACUAUUUAUGAGUGAAGUUUGUUUCAGAAAUAUUUUGAAGGAAAAUAAAAGAAAUGGAGUUUGUAAA